AUGGCUAUCGAAGUAUCUUUUGCCUCGCUCUCUGGGGCAGCGACGUUAGUCGCACUCCUAAUAUCGAAAACCUCAUCGUGGAGUACUCUGUACUGCAUAUCCGUUGUCUUUGGAGUGUUUAUACCAUCAUAUGUCUUUUACCUCAGUUACAUCUUUCCAUUCUACAUUUCUGAGCUCCGACAUGUUCCUACAGUCCCCGGCUUCCCUCUAUGGGGUCAAUUUUUUGAGAUCAUUACCAAUGAAUGUGGUGUUCCACAGCGCAAAUGGCAUCAAGUACAUGGUCCAAUCAUUAGAUACUUCUUUCCCUUUGGAGCUGAGCGUCUAGCUGUGGCAGAUGACGAUGCUCUCAAACAGAUGACAACUAGAAAUCCAUACAACUACCCAAAGCCAGUGCGUGCGAAGUUGUGGAUGGUCAGAAUUCUUGGAGAGGGUGUACUUCUAGCUGAAGGAGCUGAGCACGUACAUCAACGAAAGUCCUUAGCACCAGGUUUCUCUAUUCAAUCAAUUAGAGCCCUCUACCCAGUGUUCUGGCAAAAGUCCCUACUUUUGACCAAGCUAUGGAAGGAAGAGAUGGAAGCUGCGUCCCUAAAGACCAAGUCUUUCGAGGUGUUAGAGUGGUUGAACCGUACCACUCUCGACAUUAUUGGUUCUGCCGGCUUCGGUGUCGAUAUCAACUCUCUUGAAAACCCUGAAACUCCAAUCCGUGAGGCCUACCGUCUUGUCUUUGCAUUUGACAUCGGAUCCCGUAUUUUGCACGGCCUUCAAGCAUUCAUUCCAUCUACCAAGAUGAUUCCCGCCAAGAUGAACCGUGAUAUGGAGACUUCGCGUAACAUUAUUCUCAAGACUGCAACGGAUAUUAUCAGCGAGAAGCAAGAGCAAGCUACGCAGAGAACCAACCACAAGGACAUUAUCGCAUUGAUUGCUAAAGACAACUUGAAGAUGAAGGAGGCUGGUGAGCAAGGCCUCUCAUUUGAGACCAUGCGGGACCAAAUCAUGACUUUCCUUGGUGCAGGCCACGACACAACAGCAACAGGUGUAGCAUGGACAAUUCACCUUCUAUCAAUUCACCCGGAAAUCCAAGAAAGACUCCGGGCUGAAAUCCGCGAGCACAUGCCCUUCCUUUUCGAUCCAAAUACCCGUUAUGAUGAAUCAGUAGAAAAGACGGAUGCGGAUCUUCUACCAUACUUAGACAACGUCUGCCGUGAAUCCCUCCGCUACAUUCCACCCAUUCCAAUGACUGUCCGCCAAUCCCUCGAAGAAGAUAAAUUGGGCCCGUACACUAUUCCAGCUGGUACUGUCAUCUAUGUUCUGGCCAAUGCUAUCAAUCAUCUUCCUAUGUACUGGGGCCCCACAGCCGAUGUUUUUGACCCAGAUCGCUGGGACAAAUUGCCAUCAUCAUUCACGACCAAUGCUUUCAUGACUUUCUUGCAAGGCCCAAGAGGAUGCAUUGGACGCAAAUUUGCAGAGACUGAGAUGAAGGUUUUGUUGUGUUGCUUGUUGAGUAUGUACAACUUUGAGCGCGAUGAAAGUGUCCAGAACCCAGAGGACUUGAAGAUGUGGAGAUUGGUUUUAAGACCAAGGGACGGUGUCCAAGUUAAGGUUACUCCUAUCUAG